AGAUGGAAACAGGAGCUGAUGGAGAGGACUGUGGAGGACCAGAACCAGAGAGGGACUCAGAUCCAGAGAGACGUUUAUAUCCAGAGAUCGAGGUGAAGAUUGAAGACUCUUCUGACACUGAGACUGAAGGUGGCGAUGAUUGGAAAGAGACCAGAGAACAUCAGUCAGGUUUAAAGUCUGUGGAAAAGAUUAAAGAUAAGAGACCACAGACUGUUAAGAAAGCUCUCAGCUGCUCUGAGUGUGGUAAAACAUUCAAAAGGAAAGGACAUCUGAGCACACACAUGAUCACUCACACAGGAGAGAAACUGUUCAGCUGCUCCGUUUGUGGUAAAAAAUUUGGCCACCAAAGAAGUAUAAUCAGACAUAUGAUAAAUCACUCAACAGAGAAACCGUUCAGCUGCUCUGAGUGUGGUAAAGAAUUUAGUCAAAAAGAUUGUCUGACAAGCCAUCUGAUGAUUCAUUCCCAAGUGAAACCAUUCAGCUGUGCUGAGUGUGGGAAGGGAUUUAACUUCAGGUCAGGACUGAGAAUGCAUAUGGCAAAUCACAGAGGUCAUCUGUUCAGCUGCUCUGAAUGUGGGAAGGGAUUCAACCAGAGGAGACAUCUGAGAGAACAUGUGAGGAUUCACAGUGGAGAGAAACCAUUCAGCUGCUCUCAGUGUGGUAAAGGUUUUACUCAACAAGGUUCACUGACAGAACAUAUGAGGAUUCACACAGGAGAGAAACCCUUCAGCUGCUCUGAAUGUGGUAAGAGCUUUACCCGAAAUGGCAAUCUGAUGGCGCAUAUGAAAACCCACACAGGAGAGAAACCAUUCAGCUGCUCUGAGUGUGGAAAGACAUUUAACCUGAAAGGAAACAUGACCACACACAUGAAAACCCACUCGGGAGGGAAAGCCUUCAGCUGCUCUGAGUGCGGCAAAACAUUUAGUAAUAAAAGAUAUCUCACCAGACACCUGAACACUCACACCUCAGGACAGUGAACGUGGUCAGAGCUUCACCCGACAGAACAGACGAGAGAAACUCUUCAGCUGCUCUGAGGGAGUUAAGACUUCACAGAUGUGUGUGAGCAGUCAGAGCCUCUUCAAACCAAACGAUAAGAAAAGAGGCUGAACGUGAGGAUGUGGAUCAGAAGAGGAGGUCAGAUCCAGAGAGACCCUGAGGCUCCCUGCAGACCAGGGGAGGAUGGUGGUCUCUGUGAGCCCCCCCAAGGCUCCCAGACUCCGGUCUCAGAGACUCUGAGGAGAGACCAGUGUUCCCAGUGCUGAGCUAACUCACUGCUGCUGGUUUGACUCUGCAGAUGAUUCUUCUUCUCAGUCUGCACUCGAACAUGUUGUCUUCCUCUUUCUUUAAAGAGUAACUAAACCC